AUGUCUACUGGCUCUCCCAGCGAUGCGGUCUCUGCUUCUUCACAAAUAGACGGCCUUUUCCGCGAGGACACUCCCCGGCCAGACCACAGUCUCCCACUCCCCGGGUCCCCAGAGCAGCCCAGGAGCGCCCAGCAAGUGUCCCCGGAGUUCGUCUCGAUACCACUGAGCGACGACUCGGUGGGUUGCGGCUCCGAUGGGUCCGAGGCGUGGGUGUUGACGGACUCCCCUCGACCCGUCCAACAAGGUACGGGCGGCGCCCAACCCCCAUCGGAGACUGACGACGGCCGUAAAGCAAAAGGAGUGGCGACCACCGAGGCCGACGCCACCGGCGAGGCGCCGUGCGAGUUCGAUGACGCCGGCGUCGAGUACGUGUGGUCAUCGACGUCGAGUCUGGACUGGGAAAACGGCCCGUUCGACUACGAGGUGCCCUUCGAACGGCCGCUGCUGCACGAGAUGUACCGGUUCGAAAUCGAGUACCCCCGCGCGGCGCCCGUCAUCCGCGCCCUGAGGAGCCUCCCGGGCCAAGCGCAGCGCGUCGGCACCGCUGCCACCGCCGCCGCCACCACCGCGGCGUCUACCGCGGUUCAGUCGGUUCAGGGGGGCGAGGUGUCGACGACGGCGCGAGAGCAGGCCGGGCAGGCUGCGCGCUACAUCAUCCGCGAGGUCGGGCGGUUGGGCGAGAGCAUGACGGAGGGCGUCCGCCAGACGGGCCAGGAGCUGUCGCACGCGGUGGCGAGGCAGUGGCCGGUGCUGGUGGUCCUCCUGGGGAAUCGUUGGUUGGAGCAGAUCGCGGAAUUGGCCUACGAGGGGGCGACGUCGCUGCCGGGUUUGGAGCAGCAUCAUAGACUCACCAGGGGCUUGACUCGGCGAUGA